AAGCGACGAAAAAGAAAGGGAGAAGAAAAAAUAAUUUCGAUCGCGAGGCACGAUAUACAGUCACACAAUGAGGAGACGUUCGCUUUCGAAACCGCUCGUCGUUAUCAAUCAUUACAGUUAAGAGAGACGUCGAAUCGAUUAUCCUUCGUGCUAGUGUAUCAAAGAUAUAGAUGCAGCAGGCCGAGCUCGAGGAAGAUCCUUACGAGCUGAAGCGCAUCAUAGUUUUGGACAAUGACAAGAAUACGAUGGCCAACGGCGACGCCGCCGACGGGACCGAUCACAAUCAUCACCAUAAUCAUCAUCAUCACGUGACGAGCAAUGGCUUGAUCGGCAAGAGCGACGUGGCUAACGGCCGAAUUUUCUCGAAAGCCGUCGUAACCACCAACAACAACAAUAAUAGCAACAACAGUAAGAAGCGUCAACAGGUCGGCAGCGACGAGCCGACCUUAUUUGCCAAAGUCCAUCAUCGUCACGAUCGCGCCGAAGCUGCUCGGGGCGCGCUGGACGCUCGGAAAUUGUCGACCAACAGCGACGAUCCGGAAUGCUUUCACCGUGCCAUCGGUCCGAUCCUGCUGCUGGCCCAGUUCUUCGGUAUACUGCCAAUCAAUUUCAUACGUGCCGAAUCCAUCACGAAGCUGAGCUUCCGUAAGCUGGGGCCACGAGUAGUCUACUCCUACUGCGUCCUGUGCUGCAUCGUCUUCAUGACCUCCGUCUCGUUUCUCCAUCUCUUCGUCACCCUCAACGCGUCGAGCUUCCAGACCCGAGGAGGAAUAGCAGAUGCCACCGCGGGAGCAGUUUUCUACGGCAACAGUUUGCUGGGCAAUUUCAUGUUUCUACGGCUCUGCCCGAGAUGGAUCGCCGUGCAGUACGACUGGCGCGCCAUGGAACGACUGCUCGAUAAAGUCAAGACGAAGCGUCCGAGGCUGCGCUGGAGGUUCGCCACGAUCGCUGCGGCGAUCCUCGGCCUGGCCCUGGUCGAGCAUCUCCUCAGCAUGGUGAACAACACGCCGGCCUCGGUAGUGGGCGGCAAUCACUCCUUCGAGGAGUUUCUCGCGGUUUAUACCCAGAAGUCGCACGGCUUCAUCAUCAAACACGUCGACUACAACUUCACCCUGGGAUUAUUUAUCUUCUUCAUCAGUAAAAUAUCCACCUUUACCUGGAACUUUACCGACGUAUUCAUCAUGAUGGUGUCGACGGGCAUCGCCGAGCGCUACAAGGUGCUGAACGCGCGCCUCGUCGGCCUGACCACGAGCCAGCUCACCGUCUCGGACUGGCACGAUCUGCGCGAGUGCUACGCCUCGCUCAGCGUCCUCGUGAAGAAGAUCGACGACGAGAUAUCCGGCAUCAUACUGCUCUCGUUCGGCAACAACAUCUACUUCAUCUGCCUGCAGCUGCUCAACGGAUUGUCACCGAGCGGCGACGACGCAUCCCUCGUGAACUCCAUCUACUUCUUCGGCUCGUUUAUCUUUCUCAUCGGCCGCACGAUAAGCGUGACGCUGCUCACGGCGCGCAUAAGCGACCAGUGCAAAGUCAUCCUGCCCGUACUCUACAACUGUCCAUCGGCCAAUUUCUGCAUGGAGGCACAGAGGCUACAACAACAGAUAGCCAGCGACGACGUCGCGCUAACUGGCCUUCGAUUCUUCUCCAUAACUCGCAACUUCAUGCUCGCUGUCGCCGGUGCCAUCGUUACCUACGAAGUCGUCUUGCUGCAGUUCAAUAUCGCCCUGCAGCGCGAGGAGGACUUUCUCGAGGAGCAGCUGCUGUACGCCAAUCUGGACGACGACGACGAUUGAAAGAAAAAAUAUA